UGCUUCUAUCUCUGGUGUCUUGUGUUUUGAUGAGAAGAGGGUAUUAAAGGGCAUGGAAAGGAAAGGUGCUUUGUACAAUAUAGGUUCCAGUAUUGCAUCUAAAAGAGAAAAUGAAAUUAACCAAGAUGAAUUUAGAACUUCGGUCGCAAUUGCAUAUCAGAAUAAAAAGCUGUUGUCCCCUAUCUUCCUUUUGGAAGAGCCUGUAUCUUUUUGUACCUCUGUAAUACCUUAUCAAGUUUGUCUCACCUUUCUUUCCUUUUAUGCAUAUGAGAAGUUUUUGUCGCCUUUCUUUCCUUUUAUGCAUAUGGAGAAGUUUUUGUCGCCUUUCUUUCCUUUUGUGCAUAUCAAGAAGUUUGUGUCACCUUCUUUCCUUUUAUGCAUAUGAAGAAGUUUGUCUCGUGUCUUGUUUAGCAUUUACCUUCCCUCUCUUUAGUCUAGAUAUAAGUCCUGGAAGGAGAGUUGAUGGACUUCCUGAAGGCAUGAAACUGUACGGGAUAUUACCUCUUUUGGAUGAAGUAAUAAAUUUUAGUGAUAGUUGGGAAAUACUCUAUGGAAGUAAUAUACCAUAAGUAAAGAACCUGUAUUAACAGACGGUUCCCUACAAAUGACACUGAUUCAUCAUGUUUGCUGACAGGACCUUAUGGUUGCACCAGCGAGAAGGGACACGAGGCUAUUCCUUAAGGGGUCGUUUGGUCUGAGGGAUAAAAAUAAAUAGAAUUGGUAUAAAAUUUUGGUGUCUUGUUUGGUUGUCUUAUUUGGGAUAACUUGUCUCACGUUUAUACCAUAGUGAUGGGAUAAGUUGUCCCAUAUACAUGGUGGGAUAAAGGAUAAGUUAUCUUAGGAUAGCUAAACCCAGGAUAAUUGAUUUUGGGAUAACUUGUUCCCAACCAGACAACCCCUAAGUGUAUAAAAGUACUCUACCCUUUAAAAGCGCUUCUAUUUUUUUCUCUCGCUCCACACAUGACACAACCCAUAUACGCGCGAGUGGGGCAACCUUCCACGCCUUAUGUCUCCUCAUUUGCUUCCCACAGCACCAGCUGAACUUCAUCUUCCAUUGUAGCUUACAAAAAGAGACACAUCUUUGUCUAAUUGAAAGAAGUAUGAUAACUUGAUAAUAUAAACAAGUAUAGUCUAAUGAAUGAAUAUCCUCGUUCAGCUAAAGGAAUAUAUUGAUUGAAAUGUUGAGUACUAGGGAGUGUCAGUAGUCUUGACUAUCAAUUUGAGAUGGUAUGGCUCUUUUUUUGUCCCUAGGAGAUUAAACACAGCUCCACCAGUAUGCUGCAGUUAGACAUCAAGGAUUCUUUUCUUCAAAGUUGAAAAUGCUUUGACAUUCUGAUGUAUAACAAAGUUGCUUCGCAGCUCUUGAGUAGAUUUCUUUUUCUUUUGUCGUUGGAAUCCGUCCUUGAUCUAAAGCGAAGUCAAUUUGAGGCUGGAAAAAUUCAAGCACAAAAUGAUCUUUCCACCCCAUGUGAAGAUUAUCUGUUAGAUAUUGAAUUUGCUGAAAGCAUCACAAAUCUGGAUUAUGGUUCAAGUAGAGGAUUGCUGGACCCUAUAUUAGAAAGUCAGAUUCCAUUAUCUAGUUGUGAUGGAACUGACACCUGUGGAAUGCCAUACUCUGCGGGAUUAGUUGUGCAAGAAUCUCAAAGUCAGAAUGCUAUGUUUGGCCUUACCAAUUCAGAGUUGCAUGACCUCUCUCGUGACAAAUGUGAAAGUCAGAUGCUAGUUGAGUACAAUGCUGUGAAAUUCCCUACUGCUUUCAAUCCAGGAGAUAUCAGCAAUGUGGAUGAUGUGGCAGGCUUCUUUGCUGAAGCUGCAGCUUCUGAGAAGAUGAAUGACAGCAUGAUUGACCAUUCUGCGCUAACAUCUAAGGGAAUUUCUUUUAUGUCUACUGCUACACAAAAUGAGCGGCAAGAUGUAAACUGUGAAAGCUUUGAUAUGCAUGAAUCCUCUGAAAUAAGCCCUCCAGUCACUUCUGAAGCAAUAAACAUCGACAAUCCUGUCACUCAAAAGCGUCUGCGCAAGCCUACACGAAGGUAUAUUGAUGAAUCGUCAGACCUUAAUGCUAAGCGUCGCAAGAAAAGAGCAGAGGUUUCUACUAGUGCACCAGAAUCAAAGAAUAAGCUUCUCAAAGUCAGAUGUCAGAAGAAACCUCGUGGAGAGUCUAUGGAAAUGGUAUUGUUUUCUGAAGAGUCUUCUUACGAAGCUAUUCAAGUGCCUUUUGCCUCUCUUGUGAACGAAGAAUGUGAUGAUUGGGAUGCAUCUGAAGCGAUACAGGUUUUCAAACCUCACAAGGAGGAGCCUCAUAAGGAGGCUACUACAGUUGUGAAUCAUGAAGAUGAUGAUGUUACACCAAAGAAGUUGGUACAAGAUGGUGUGCGGAGGAAACAUCACAGGCUCUGGACUGUUUCAGAGGUCAGAAAGUUGAUUGAUGGAGUUGCCCAAUAUGGAGUUGGAAGAUGGAGUCACAUAAAGAAGCUCUAUUUCUCAUCAUCUGUUCAUAGAACACCUGUGGAUCUCAAGGAUAAAUGGAGGAAUCUUCUUAAAGCAACUUAUCUACAGAAACAAAGCAAAUCAACGGAAAAGGGUAAACAUAACCUGUCUUGGCGACCUUUGCCAAAGUCUGUCCUGCAUCGAGUCAGUGAACUGGCGAACAUGCAUCCAUAUCCAAGAAACCGGAGGUGCAAGAGUUCCCGUUCUCCAUGUGCCUCAUCUUCUCCUGAGCAUUCUAACAGUUCUAACAUCCCGUGACGACCCCACCUGUGAAAUUCCUCUCCUAUGCAUAGUUACAGGAGAGUAACAUCUGGUAAUAACCUGAUUUUACGUUCAAAUAUUGGCUUUUAGCUCUCUUAUACCAACUCGCUGCAUAGUUCGUGUAUAGAGCAGCUUCAUUUCAAGUGAAAAGAAGGUUCUGUAUAAUUUUUCAUUACCUCUAGAAAUGCAAUUUCACAUCUGUAAACUUUUUUUUUGUAUUUCCAAUUGAUACAAGUGAUUAUGUUUCAGCAUUUUGUGUAUAUGGUAGUAUAUGAAAUAGUUUGUGA